CACACAUGUGCGCAUGCGCAAUAGUCCCGUUGUAGUCCGCUCUGGAGCUUCCUUUAUUGUCGUCGGUGCAGAGCUGAACUUGUCCGCUGCCAUGAAAUCACCGGGCACCGCCACCUCGCAAACAUCUGAAAAUGAGAACGAAGGGAACAAGAGGCUGCUGUGCCCAUUGCAUGGGUGCAAGCGGGUGUACACAGACACGGGAGCUCUGGAGAGCCACAUCAAGGACCAUGAUAUCCCAGCUCAGUCUCUUCCUGGUAAAGUGUUACUGUGCUCCACCAUUGGCUGCAGUGGGUCCUUCCCCAACAUGCAGAAACUGAUGGAACACACGAGGCAUCACCAUAAACCCAACAUUUUCUUUCAGUGUGAGAGCUGUCGCACUAAAUUGCGGUCCUACCGUGGCCUUCUGACUCACCUGCACACCUGUGCCAAAGUGCCACGGGGCAAAUCAAAGUCUGCUGAACAAGCACCCCCUCAGCCUGCUGCUUUGCCCAACCUACAAAUGGACCAGGACCACCAACAGCUGGAGCCAGUGUCUGCGCAACAGCAAAUGCAUUCUGUAAUCCCAAUUCCAGAUCCUGGAUCCAUCCCGGCUACUGCUGCUCCUCAGUUAGACGCCACCCCACCAACUCUGCAGGCUGCCCCCAUAAUGCCUGUUCCAGAGACUGCCCCUCAUCAGCUACCUUACGAGCAGCUCGCAGAGGUAACUUCCCAGCCUUCUGUCACGUAUGAAGUCUCUAAUCUGCCUCCCCCUGGUAACCUAGAUCCAAAAGCAGCUCCCGAAGUUCCAGACGCCCAGGGUCAUCACCAGACACAGAAUAGGUCUCCAGAGUCCGUCUGUCCUGCAGCAGGAUCAGCUCCUCGCUCUCCUCCUGGGUCGCCAGCUAUCUGGAAGAAGUCUCAAGGUAUGGCCUGCAGCAGACGCAUCCUUUGGGAGCACACCAGAGGACGCUACACAUGUGUCCAGUGUGGCCACGUGGUAACCAACCGCAAGGAUAUGACUCAACAUAUCAGCAGUCAUCACAGCAGCAGCAAAGCUGCAGCCGAGGACACGGGGAGCUCUGCCACCAACACAUAAUGGAAAAGCUCACAUUUGUUUGUAAAGGAGUUCUUAUCUGGUGCACACAGCAUGUUGUAGAGAAUGCCCAAAGGUGUUGCCGCUCUCAUCUGAAAAGGCUUCUUUAUGUCUAAAAAGACAAAUGCAAGUUUAAGGCUUGGAUACACUGGAGUAGUAUUUCAUUGAUGGGAUCAUUUGCUGUAAAUUCAAGGAGUGAGUGCAAUCAGCCUUUCUUUGCUGGCUACAAUAUAGGUGUAAACACUCAUCAGUAGUGAGUCGCUGUACAACACUUGACGGAGAUGGAAUGGAUAUUGUGUGCCUGCACUGUUUUAACAGUUGUUUCUCUCUACACAUGAAUAAACUGUUUGCUCAGACUGUG